UUUGCUCCCACUUCAUCAAAGAUGAGCUCCUCCGCCACCGCCACUGCCACCGCCGUGGACGGCGGUUUCCGGAAGUGUAACUCGCCCAUUCUGUACCUGUUUGGAGGAUUGACUCUCAUGCUAGGCCUCAUCGCGGUCACCCUGGCGGUCCUCACUUGCUCCUACCGGAAGUCCUCGGCGUCAUCCGGCCCGAGUCGCGGUCCUGAAGAUCGAACCGGAGCAAGUAAUGAUAACGACGAGCCAUCGAAGAUCGAAGUAGAGAACAAUGUGCCCAAGAUAGCGGUCAUAAUGCCCGGGCAUGAGAAUCCCACGUUCUUGGCGAAGCUUGCUUCUAGCUCAACCACGAGCCACAACGGAUGCCAACAAGUUUGAGAGAUCGUCAUCACCCAUCAAUCUUCAUUUGCUUGUACUGUUAUAUGAUGAGAGUGCACGAUUUUGAGAUCCCUUUUUUCCCUUUUUGGUUUUUCCAUCGUUUCCAGAGAUCACAUCGAUUUAUUCGUUUUCCC